AUGAGACGACAUUCGGCGGAUACAUGCUCACCAUCGUCCGGCGACCGUCGAACGAGAAGAAUAAGCAGCACUUGUCAGGAAGAUGGCCGAAAAACAUUCGGACACAACACGCUGGAGAGCCUGCCCCACGCUGACCACUACAGGAACAUCAUCGGUCCUGAUGGAAAACUUAAGCAGAGGCCGACCCUCAUAGAACUGCACGAGCAACGAUUUCAGGUGAGGUGGAACAAAAUAUGUCGUCGCGAUAAUAUUUCCGGAGAAACGGGCAAAUUAUUUUCCGCUGAAGAAUCUAAACCGUUAUCAAGAAGUUCUACGAAGUUUGGCUGGAUUAAAGGAGUUUUGGUACGAUGUGUCCUCAACAUAUUUGGAGUCAUGUUGUUUCUCAGGUUAUCGUGGGUCGUUGGCCAGGCUGGUAUAGGACUUGCUUCCGUAAUUGUCUUGCUGGCCAGCACGGUGACCACAUUGACCGCACUCUCCAUGUCGGCCAUCUGCACGAAUGGUGAAGUCAGAGGAGGUGGUGCCUACUACAUGAUUUCAAGAAGUUUGGGGCCAGAGUUCGGUGGAGCCAUAGGAAUAAUCUUCUCAAUAGCCAACGCCGUGGCAGCUGCCAUGUACAUUGUUGGAUUCGCUGAAACUGUCGUUGUUAUUUUAAAGAACAACAAUUGCCUCAUGGUGGACAUGGUGAAUGACGUCAGAAUCAUCGGCGUCAUCACCGCAUUCCUUAUCCUAACCAUCGCCCUGGCUGGCCUCAGUUGGGAAGCAAGGGCUCAGCUGAUUCUGCUGGUGAUACUGAUGAUCGCAAUUUUGGACUGCAUGAUUGGAACGUUUAUUCCUCCCUCCGAAGAGGACAAGGAAAAAGGAUUUGUUGGAUACAAUGUUCAGACAUUUGUGGACAACUUCACUCCUGAUUUCAGAGAUGGGCACUCCUUCUUUUCAGUUUUUGGCAUUUUCUUUCCUGCUGCCACUGGAAUCCUAGCUGGAGCCAACAUAUCUGGAGACCUCAAAGCACCCAUCCCGAAGGGGACGUUGCUGGCCAUCCUGAUCACAACCAUCGUUUACUUGAUGCUGUGCUGGAUGGUGGGUGCAACGAAUGUUAGGGAUGCCUUGGGACCACUCGCCAAUGCAUCGUCCGGUUUGGAUUUCAAUGAGUCCCUCACAACAUUUCUUAUGACAACCACGCUAAACAUCUGCGGACUCCACACACUCGUCAGUGUCCUCAACUGCCUCCCAGUGAUGCAGUUGAUCUCGAUGUUUGGACCGAUCACGAUCGCGGGAAUCGUGUCGGCCACUCUGUCGUCCGCCCUCGCCAGCCUCGUUUCGGCUCCUCGAGUCUUCCAGGCAGUUUGCAAGGAUCAAAUCUUCCCCUACAUCCACUUCUUCGGGAAGGGUUACGGAAAGAAUGAUGAUCCACGAAGGAGUUAUGGACUUGCGUUUGUUAUCGGAAUUGCUUGCAUCUGCAUCGGCGAGUUGAACGCCAUUGCUCCUCUGAUCUCAAAUUUUUUCCUCAUGUCGUACGCCCUUAUCAACUAUUCAUGCGUCGAUGCCUCGCUGGCCAAGUCGCCUGGUUGGCGACCUGCCUUCAAGUUUUAUUCCAUGUGGUUGAGUUUGUUGGGUGCCUUGUUGUGUGUGGCGGUCAUGUUCAUCAUCAACUGGUCCACGGCGCUCAUCACCAUUGUUCUUGUGGCUAUCUUGUACUUCUAUGUCCACUACAGGAAACCCGACAUCAACUGGGGGUCCUCAGGGCAAGCACACGCGUACAGGAACGCCCUGCAACACACACAAAAACUCAUGCAGGUCCUCGAACACGUCAAAAAUUUUAGACCUCAGGUGUUGGCCCUGACCUCCUUCCCCUCCGAACGACCUGCCCUCGUUGACUUCUGCACCAGCAUGACCAAGAACAUCAGUCUCAUGGUCUGCGGACACGUCAUCAUUGGCGAUCCAUCUCAGAAGCUGAAGGACGCCCAACUCUUGACUAAACUGGCCCACAUGUACCUGACGAGGAAAAGGUCCAAGUCCUUCUACACCGCCAUCUGCGCUCCCUCUCUGAGAUUGGGGGUUCAAUCUCUUCUGCAGAGUGUUGGCGUUGGAAAGCUGAGACCGAACACAUUGAUCAUGGGUUUCAAAUCGGACUGGCUCACAUCGGACGUCAAGGAAGUUGAAGAUUUUUGCAACAUCAUACACGACGCAUUCGACUUGAAGCACAGCGUUGGAGUGUUGAGACUGGCUGAAGGUCUGCAGCUGAAGACGGUCCCUCAACAACCGUCCCAGAAGCAACAGAAGCAACGACAUCGGAAAGGAAAAACUUCAACAACACGACACCAACAGCAACAUCAACUGCAGCUACUGCAGCUACUGCAACAACUACAGCCUCCUGUGACAACGGAACCAUGCAGCAGCAGUCAGUUGCGGGCUGAUCGCAACCUCAUCAAGAAAGUCACAGAAACAGCUGGUCUCAGCAGGUUUUCGCACAAGCAGAAGGGGUUCAUUGACGUCUGGUGGCUCUUUGACGAUGGUGGCAUGACUCUCUUGAUGCCCCACUUAAUGACCACGAAGAAGCUGUGGAGCCACUGCAAGUUGCGGAUCUACAUGGCAGGCACCAAGAAGGAGGCGUUGGACCAUGAUCAGAGACAUUUAGCUUCCCUACUGCACAAAUUCCGCAUCAAGUAUUCAUCCAUGCAUGUCGUCAUGGAUAUUGGGAAGAGACCGUCUGCUGGAAAAAUGGAAAUGUUUAUGGACAUGUUGAAUGAUUGGAGACUGAAGGAGGGGGAAACAACGGAAGAGUUUCCCUGGAAGAUAACUGAUUCCGAACUUUCGACAUUCAGAAAUAAAACCUACAGGCAGUUGAGGUUGAGAGAACUUUUGGAAGAACAUUCGCACGAUGCUACUUUUAUUGCCAUGACUCUACCAAUGCCAAAGAAAGGAUUGUGUUCUACAGGGUUAUACAUGGCUUGGCUGGAUGUCCUUUCACGCUCCAUGCCUCCCAUGCUACUUAUCAGAGGAAACCAAGAGAACGUCCUUACCUUCUACUCCUAG